AUGCACGAAUAAUAUGAAUUGUAUUACACCACAUUUAAUCAGGAGAGGGACAGGAUUAGAGUAAGAGAGUUUGAUUACUUUAGAAAUUUUACAGCAGCUUGAAAUCGGAAGAAUCUAAUAGAUUGUUAAAAAGUUAAUCUCUUAACGAAUCAUUGAAGAAGGCAGAGGGAUUCAAGAAUGAGAAGAAGUAGCAGAUCAAACAGAAAGCGCACAAAUUUAAUAUUAAAGCUAAAAUCAUAUAGAGGAAGAAUAAUUAGAUGCAGGAGCAUCAAUUUUUGGGGAUAAUUAAAUAGAAAAACGAGUUGGUAAAGAAAGAAAUUGAGCUGUAAAAUAUAAUUUGUAUAUAGAGAACAUCGUUUGAAUAUCCUGAAUGCUGAAUAAACUGAGUAGAUUCGAUAAAAUCAAAUCUACAAAUCUAUGAAACAAAAAAUUUAUUUGGAGAGAGUGGAAUAACAUUAAUUGGUAAUAUAGUUAUAAUAAAAUAGAAAAUAGAAUAGGAACAUUAAUAAUUGUUGGAAUAGAUGAAUAACAAAUUUUAGAAGGUCGAAUAAUAUAUUCAAAUAACAAGAGAGUCUGAGAAAUAAAAGUUUAGAAGUCUUAGUUACAAGUAUUUGAAUUACAAACAGAAAGCAGAGAAUCUUAUAUAGGAGAAAACUGAAAAUACUUUUCAAGAAGCCUUGGAUAACAUGUCCAAGAGGGAAUAAGUUUACGUAUCAUUAUUUUCUAAUCAAAAAGGAAAAGUAUAUUGAGACUAAGGAAAAAGAGAGGAUAAAGAUAGUGAGAAGAAACAAAUUAGAAUUAGUUAAAUUUAAACGAAACAAGAAAAGACAGGAGUCUAUUGAAAAAUCUUAGAAAAAGUUAUAAGAACAAGAAAGACAAAAAAGAAUACUCAAUAAAUCUACAUCCAUACCAAAAAUUAUUAUUACUGAGCACGAUGAGUAAGCCAAUAAUGAUGUUGAGGUUGAGGUUUAUGAAGUACCUUACUCUGAGGAAUAAACCCAAACUUAUGAAGAAAAAGUUAUUACUUCUAAAAGGAAUCUGAAAGAGGAAUAAUCGAUUUGUACUAAUAUCAAUGAAUCAUCUAUGCAGGUUACGUUGCCUGAACCAAAAAUUAUUGACUCUCCUAACUAUAAAAAACCAAGAAGAAAAUCGGAAAAAGAAAGACAAUAUUAAGUUUUGAUGUAAUAUAAUUUAAAUAAGGAAUUAGGAAAUUAAGAUUGAAUCUGAAAUAAGAAAGAGAGAAGUUGGAUAGAGAAUUGAACUCAUUUUUUAUCAGUUAGCCAAUCCAUACAAAUUGA